AUGCUUUCUCUUCUCUUAUCUGCAUCAAUUUGCAAAGCAGAUAUUCAGUACGAUGGAGCCACAGGCACAGUCACAGUAACAGCUAAUGAAGAAUGGACAGCCGAUGAAUGGUACAGCAUCUUCUCAGAUAUCAAGAAUUUUACCAAAGCCGUUCUUAAAGGAACAUACACUGCUAUCCCAAGAGAAGCUUUCUCUGGUGCCAUUAACAUGACAGAAAUUGAUAUCCAAGCCCCAAUCGUUAACAUCAGCGCUUACGCCUUUGCCCAGUGCAACUCCCUCAAGACAUUUACUCUUCCAGAUUCAGUCCAAAUUGUUGGCUACGCCGCAUUCUCUUCCUGCGAGAACCUCGAGUCAUUCUAUUGGAAGAACACUAACAGAUACUUCGGCGAAUACUGCUUCUAUAACUGCCCUAAGCUUGCCACAUUCGACCAUGCCGAAGGCGAUCAGACACAACCAAUUGAAGGCAAAAAGUUUGUCUAUUCAAACUUCACCUUCCAAAGCUGCAUUGCCUUGAAGACAUGCAACCUUCAUCCAAGUGUUAGAUUCAUUGCUCCACACCUCUUUGACGGCUGCUCUUCCUUGGCCACAUUCACACUCCCAGAAAACGUCACCAUCAUCAAUGAUUUCUCCUUCUCAGCAUGCGGCCUUACAACUUUUGAUGCUUCCCAGAUUGCCACAAUCAAUCAGUUCGGUUUCGCUGGUUGCUUGAAGCUCCAUACAAUCAAGCUCUCCGACAAGUUGCGUUACAUCGGCCCACACGCCUUCGAAACAUGCAUAGAGCUCCAGACUGUUGAGGGUAUUACAAACAACAACGACUUCACCAUCGAUGACUCUGUAUUUGAAGGCGCUCUUUCCCUUGUCUCUUUCCACGUUCCAGAAUGCAUGACAAAGAUCCCAGACUACGUUUUCCACAACGCCCAGAAGCUUGCCUCCGUCAACAUCCCAAUUGGUGUCACAUACAUCGGUAAGUACGCCUUCUUGAACACAAGUAUCACAGAAAUCUACCUUCAGGGCAAUGUUACAACAAUCAGAGAAGGUGCUUUCGGUGCUCUCAGAAACCUCAAGAAGAUCACAGUCACCGAGACAAACUUUAACUUCAAGUCUGUUAACAACCUCCUCAUGACAAAGGACGGAAAGAUCAUCGUGGCUUAUCCACAGGAUCUCCACGAGACAAAGAUCACAAUCCCAGACGGUGCUGAGUACAUUGGCCAGUACUGCUACUCCUACGCAUCCUCUGCUACAGAAGUCGUAUUUCCAAAAUCCGUCAUUGACAUCGGUCUCCACGCUUUCGCUGGCUGCAAGUCCAUCCAGUCCAUCACACUCCCAGAGCAUGUUGAAACAAUUUCUGACUACGCUUUCCAGGGAUGCACAGGCCUCAUUGAGAUCAACAUCCAAGCCAAAUCCAUCUGCCUCGGCGCUUUCGAAAACUGCAAGUCCCUCAAGAGAGUUACAUUCCCAGCUCAGCUCGAGCUCAUCGGUAACGAAGCUUUCCGUAACUGCGCUUCCCUUAAUGAAGUCAACCUCCAGAAUUGCGUCAAUCUUACAUAUUUAGGCAACGCUACAUUCAUUUUCUGCUCAGGCCUCAAGAAGGUUACACUCCCAGAUAAGAUCAGAGUUAUCCCUAACCAGUGCUUCUUCUACUGCAGCAACCUUCAGUCAUUCACAUUCCCACCAAAUGUUAGAAGAAUCAGAGAUCAUGCUUUCAGCUAUUGCAAGAAUCUCAAGUCAAUCACAUUACCAGAAGGAUUGACAAACCUCGGAACAAAGGCAUUCCACAACACAGCUCUUACACACAUCACAGUUCCAGCCAACGUUUCAUUCAUACCAAACGGAGUCUUCUCCGACAUCCCAACUCUCGAAACAGCUGAGUUCAAGGGAGUUCUCAGAUCAUUCAGCGCUAACGUUUUCGCUAACGAUGCCCGCUUGACAAAGAUCCAGUUCUGGGAUGAUGUCAAGAAUUUCGACAAAUUGGCUCUUGAGGGAACAAGAAUUCUUAACAGCAUCUUGUAUUGCGGUCAGGUAGCAGUUGAGGGUACAUUCGUCGAAGAUCACACUCGAAUUGGCUCCAGAAUCACCGUCCAAGUUGGCUCAGACUACCCAAUUGAGACAUUUGGUGGUGUCAAGGUUGAGAAGACAGUAGGUAUCUGCAUCCCACACAGAACACCACAGCCAACACCAUUAGCAUCUGCAACACCAAAGCCAGAUAACAGCAAGAACAAGAAGCUUUACAUCGCUAUCGGCGUCUCUGCUGGUGUCAUCAUCCUUGCUGUUGUUGCCGCUGCAUUUAUCGUUAAGUGCUGCAUGGUCAAGAGAGGUUGGGUUAAGAAGGAAACACUUACUGAGUCCCUUCUUACACAGACAGUAUAA